AUGGAAGGAGCUCCAGGAGGUGAUGGUGGUGCAGCCGGAGGAAGCCAAGGACCCCGUCCAUCCAACAAACGACUUCAACAAACGCAAGCGCAAGUCGAUGAGGUUGUUGGCAUCAUGAAGGUCAACGUGGAGAAGGUGCUUGAGCGAGAUCAGAAACUUUCGCAGUUGGAUGACCGCGCUGAUGCUCUUCAGGAAGGUGCCUCUCAAUUUGAGAAGUCAGCCGCCACGCUCAAGCGCAAAUAUUGGUGGAAGAAUAUCAAGAUGAUCAUCAUUAUGUGCGCCAUCGUCACCGUUCUCAUCAUUAUCAUCGUGAUCUGGGCCGGUGGAAAA